AUACAAGUUUUGAAAGCCUGCACGGAGGCAGCGCUGCCCUCCACCAACUGCUUGAACCGUGCUAUCCGAAAGGGGCAGCAGUUCCUGGUGAAGCGCAUGCUGCGCCGUCGACCGAGCCUAAUAGAAUACCCCGCCCCAAAUGGCUUUCUUCCGCUGGCCAACGCCAUCAUGCAGGGCGAGAUGUGCAUCAUAGAUGUGCUGCUCUCGGCAGGCUGCAGCGUGCAUCUGGGCAACCCGGGCAACGGACGGACGCCGCUCCACUUGGCCUUUUUUUACGGACACCUGCCCUCGGCGCGCAUCCUGCUGAACAAAAAGGCGCGGCUGGAGGCAACGGACUGCAACGGCAUGACGCCCGCCCACUGCGCCGUCGACGCUAAUCAGAUAGAAAUGGUGAGGUUCGCCCUGGAGUCGGGGGCAAACCUGGAGGCUCGGGAUUCCUGCGGCUGGACUCUGCUUAUGCACGGGGUGGUUAUGGACGCGGGCCUGGAGCUCAUCAAACUGCUUGUUACCCACGGGGCGGAUCUGGCGGCUUUGGAUGGCGUCGGCAAAUCCUGCAGCGACUUGGCAAAACUUUAUCGCAGGGAGGAGGCACGGGAUUACUUUGACAAGGUGCAAAAGUUUAGGCUGGAAAAGGCAGCCGCGACCGCAGAAGCGGCGGCAAAGGAACAGCCCCUCGAACAAGCUGCAAAAAGGGAUUUCCGCGAAUAGUGGUAGGAAGGAAGAACCGACUAAUGAGAGAGCUUUAAGACCCGCAGAGUAAAAGGCUAUAUCAUUACAAAGUA